AUGCACCACAUACAUCUGCAUGCAUGGGAUUCUACCGGAUGUUUCUGCGCCAUGCACCAGUACCGCUUUGAUCCGAUAAGUAGCGCUCCGAAUAACGACGCCAGCUUGGUGUCCUUCGGCUCGGAGGAGCCAACUCCGACAAAACAUCACUACGUCCCACGAAGUCCACGUGAUGAUGCCUAUUCGAAUACAGCACGCCCUUGGCGCCCCGUAGGUUGGAGUCGGGUAGUCGACACCAGCGUUCCCACUGCUGUAGUCGACAACCCCGAGGCUGGUCUAGGCGGGCGCGAAGUGGCGGACGUAACCACCCGAAUCUAUUCCUCCUCGUCCAGCUGUGCGACGGAGCGCUCCACAGAACGGGUAGCAAGACAUCAGGGGAAACGACACCAUCGUCACACCGAUUCCGCUGCCGAUCACGAGCGUCGUACCGACCGACGUCGAAGGCACCGGCACCCCACACCUGACCGAGACCAUGAGACGGCAUCAACAGUGGCGCUGCUGACCAACGAACUGGUGAUCGUUCGGUCUCAGAUUGAACAAAAAGAUGUUGUGGUGAGGUCUCUGCAGCGCCAGUUGGACCAGCGAGGGGAACUCGAAGCGCAAACUCAAGCACGGGCCGAGGAGGAUCUCGUGGCUGCAUUGGCGAAGGCGUCGGGGCUGAAAGAGGAGUUGACCAGAACAUCUCAACUACUGGUGGAUGGAGCACUCGCAAGGCAACACCUGGAGCAGCGCUGCUCCGUCCUCACUGAGGAACUCCAGAAGACUGCAACAAGAACCACCGAGCUCGAGAACGAAGUGGCCGUCUCACGCGCCGAAGUGGUGAGGAUCUCAGGGGCCCUCCACGCCCGACGGAGCACUGACGUGGUGGAUGCGGAGAGGGCGUUUGGGGAGGAGCUGCAGCGGGUUCAAGAAAGUGCGGCGCGCGAGACACGGACCUUGGGGCAGGAAGCCAGCGGCCUCCGCACGUUGCUAGAACAGACCAAGAGCAAGCUACGGAAUGCCUGUGGGGAAAGGGAUUCCUGGCGGGAGGAGGCAGACUCUUUUUCGAGUGAGGCGGCGACGCUGCGGGAGACCGUUCAGGCCCUCAGGCAAUACAGCGAGAAUGACACCAUAGACCAGCUGCUAGGACAGGUGUCACGCUGGAAACGUCGCGCAGAGGAGCUGGAAAAUCUUCAGCGGGUGGCAUCUUCGCCAGAACGGUCCGCUUUCGACGGUAGCAGUUCAGAGACGGAGCCCAGUCGUUGCACAGAAUCUGUCGAGCCUCUUCCUUCCCCGACGAUGGAAGGGGGCCCACCCUUGGCCGCGGAGGCCAUACCGACGACAGUUUUUCAAGAAGAGAAAGAAGAGCACGAGAAAGUGUUGGGGGAUGGGCACGAAGCGGAGAUACACUCUUUGCGGCAAGAGCUGUCGGAGGCAAAGAAGUCAUUGGUGAUGAAGGGAGAAGAGGUGGCUGCGGCUGUGCUGGAGGCGCGGCAGCAGGCUGCAAUGAGAGCUGCGGCAGAAAGUUGUGUGGAGGGUUUGCAGAGAAAGGCGGAGGCCAACGCAAGGGCAGCUCGUGAGCAUGUGGUGGCGAGACGGGCCGCAAAGGCCAGGGAUAUGGCGAACCUUAAAAUAGCCAUUCAACAAGAUAUGGUCGAUGAGCUUCACAAGUUGCAGUGCGAGGUGAGAAAACAGCGGCAGGAGGAACAACAGUUGCAUGGCACCACAGACACAGGGUUGUCUGAAUGCUCUGGCGAGCGCAGCCGAGAACCUGUUGGACUGGACAAAGCUUGUCAGUCGGAUAACACAAUCGCGUCGAUCGCAUCGUCUUCCACGGAAGAGGGCGUAGUGGUGGAAAGCAACAUUCUCAAUAAAGUGGGCGCUGCGUGCCCGGCCUGUGGAGUGGAUCUGGCAGACUCCGGUGCCGACGGGAGCAGCAUCGUAGCAUCUCCUAAGGUGACGGUGGUCUUGGAGGAUGAAGCAGAGAGACGAGUCUCGGCCGCGUUGGCGUCGGCGGCAGUGGCUCAAGUGGGAGCCACCGCGUGGGCUUCCGCCUUCUCUGCAGCCAGGCGCUUGUUUCACACUGCGUUGGUGUCUCUUUGCGAGCAAGCUGACUGUUUGUUUGGCGCAGACGCAAAAGGGAACGGGCGGCAGGCACUCGUGCUGUCGCCCUUGGUGGGAUUAACGACCGCGCUGAGAAACGAGGCGAGCAGCGCUAUGGUCCCGUGGGCGCCCAGCGAGGCGGAGGCUGACGCUGCGGCUGCGAUGGAAGUGUUGCGAGAUGAUGUUGAGUCAUCCAUGGAACGUUUCCGGUCUGCGUUGGCGGAUCACUUGGUGCGGACGGCGCCGUUGUCGCUGACUUUGACCAUGGCAACCGUAGGCUCGCAGACCACAGCAGAGCCGCCGACAGAUUCUACAACAGCGGUAUCCCGUACUACUACAGGAUCGCUAACCACCGCCAAGGCCACAUUACCACGGGCCACAUCGGGCUCUCAAACUGACGAGGUAGGCAUCGUGGAAUUGAAGGUGGAUCAGCGACACAAUGUUGGUGUGCAGGCGGGCAAUCUCGGCGGUUGGAGAACAGAAACUGCUCCUGGCGCAGGCGGAAGGGGUGGUGCACCAGCGUGGGAAGGUGGCAUGGAUAGUCGAUGUAGUGAGGGAGAAAAGUAUGAUGGCGACCGAUCGUGGCGGCCCAAGUCAGAAGAUCACGCCCGAAUGGAAGAGCUAGAGUUAAAGGCGGGCGCGCUUAGCGCCGCGCUGCAGCGAGCAGAGAAGGAGAAAAGCAAUCUGGAGCGGUCGUUGACACGACGUUUCAAGCGCGAGAAGGCUAUGCAACUCAAGAAGCAGCGAGAUAAGUACGAGGCAGACAUUGGCGCGCUGCAUGUGUCCACAAUGGCACUGCUUCAGGAUUUCCCAAUUAACACUGCAGCCUGACGGUGCUCAGGCGGAACAAAGGGACCCAUUUGUCCGUUUCACGGGCUGCUGGCAUCUGUUGCGCGUGGGUGCGAUACAGAGGCGCUGCGUGCAUCGUCUCUGUUGCAUCUUGUAUGUAUGUUGUGCGCCUCCAAGUGUUGCCUCUAUCUUGGGCAGGGCGAGUCGUAUCCUGCAGCUAGCUUUGAAAUAUCGGAGGGUCCCAGUUGGGCGAGGGCUUUUCAUGGCCAUGGGACUGUGUCGUCUUGUGAUUUGGUACGAAGGGCAUUCGUUGAACGUAUUUACUUUACCCAUUGCAAGCAGUGUAGACGAGCACGCGGGGCAUGUCAAUGUGAUGUAGCUGUGUGGAGUUUAUGUCUGUAUGAUGCUCCCAGUCAGUUUUCUUCGUGCGUGUGCCACUCCGUACGUCCGAUAGCACGCACCGGAACAAGUACGUUAGUGGGAUACCUGUAAGUUGCUCCCGAUCAUUUUUCUAGGAUAUUUUGACACUCCGUGCAGCGUCCGAUAGCACGCACCGGAACACGUACGUUUAGACUCAAAGUACGAUGCAUGUAACCUUGAAGGGCGUGUUGAACGGAUAUCAUUCUUCUUGUGAAUCACCGUUAAGCCGCUAUACACCCCAGAUCGUGCCUCGUUCGAUAAUUUCGGUGGUGUGCCAUCUAGGUGCACUCGCUUGCCGCGUCGGUUGGUGUUUAUUGAGUAGAAGAAACCUCCCAAAUCGUGGAAGAGAAAAAAAUGAUGCUAUAGGCAGUCUCAGAAUUGGCUCUGUUGGCCGGGAAAAAAAAUGAACAUCG